AUGCACAUCACCCGCAACUGGUCUUGCUCACUACCCGAGUCUGCAUCCGCGCCCUUCAACGAAGAGUCGGUGCUAUUUUUAUCAGAGGUCUUCGUCGAGCACGAUUCAAAAUGGUUUAGUCGGGUGUCUCAUGUAAAGCUGAAGCCUGUGGCUGAUAUUUGGUACCUGAGCAACCUUGAACGGGCCGAUUAG